AUGCGACUCGUGCGGAUCUGCGUCAGCUACCUUUGGCCGGCAUCGCUCCCAAACGAGCCCAUGGUCCGGAGCGAGCUGGAGGGAUGCACCCAGGUGGGUUCAGAGCUUUUCUGCACAUCGGUCUUCACGUCUGGGUCGAUCUCUGAGGGCGAGGGCGUGAGCUUGGCUCCGGCCAUGGCUCUGUGUUUCCCGCGCGUUCGCUCCGACAGGAGCGCUGCGUUUGCCUCUGUCACAGCGCGCACCACCGCAUCCUCUUCACUUGUGCAGCCUCCCUCCCCCUGCCGCAUCACAACUCGCACCACUGCGAGACCAGUGUCCCCGGAUAUACCGGGUAUACCGGGUACUGGUAACUGUGGCACGUAUGUAAGCUCUUCAGCGUCACGACGGAGCGUCAAGGCGCAAAGCCAGCCCAGCGGGGGGCGGUUACAUAACCACUAUCAUCAGCACCAAUCUUACCACUUCACCUGCUCCGAGGUGACGGCAGACUGA